AUGGAUAGAGAGCAUAUUCUUUAUGACAACUAUUGGGUUUCCAGUGGAUCACCAAGUAAAAUCGUCAUAACUAGAGGAGCUCCUUCCGAAAUGAUGGAAAAGAAUUUGGUAGAACUCAGUGGAAAGACUGAUGAAAGAGAAGUUUUGGAAUGGACACUUGAUUUGAUUGCACGUGGAAUUACUCCCCUCGCUAACUUCUACGCGAUUAAUGAAAAAGAUAUGCUGAACAUUAUGCCAAAGGACUACGUAAUGAUGGGAUCUGAUUCUGAUGUAUAUUACGAAGGUUACGGUAAAACAGUUCAGCAUCCACGUAACAUGGCAAGUCAUUCUGUUUUCCUCCGCAAGUAUGUGAAGGAGUUGGAUGUUCUCAGCCUCGAAAAAGCUGUUAACAAGAUGUCCGGACUCAUCGCUGAUAGAUUCGGAAUCAACGACAGAGGAAAAGUUUUCGUUGGAAAUUAUGCUGACUUGAACAUGUUCAAACUCGAUGAAAUCAAUGAUACAACAAAGGAAACAGGAUGGACAUGGCCAAGUACAGGUAUGAAAUACGUUAUGAAUAGUGGUGAAUUCCUCAUUGAUGACUACAAGAUGACAGGAAAUCUUCCAGGAAAAGGACUGAGAAAGACUGAUUACGUCAACCAAAAAAAAAUCGAUAAACUGGACGAUUAUCUUACUUGA